UGGAAUUAGCAUGUGAAGAACAAAACAGCCACAAGAAACCUUUGGAAGGAGGAGAAGGUACCAAUCAAGAAAGCACUGAUCAAGGACAUGACGAAAAUAUUGAAACGCAAAUCGAAUUUGCAAGUGAAGAACCAAACAGCCACGAGAAACCUUUGGAAGGAGGAGAAGGUACCAAUCAAGAAAGCACUGAUCAAGGACAUGACGAAAAUAUUGAAACGCAAAUCGAAUUUGCAAGUGAAGACAAUAGCGAAUUGACUCUCAAACGUAAAGCACCCAAACGAAAAUUUUCAGAGCAAGAACAAUCUGCUUCGAAUGAAGAUUUGGAACAGCAACUAUUUUGCUCCUUCUGCGGCACCGCAUAUAGCACUAAAUCCAACCUCACCGCUCACAUUAACAGUGUACAUAAAGGAAAACGAUUUGUUUGUGAUGAAUGUUCUAAAGCCUUUACGAGUCUCGCCUCCCUCCAACGCCAUGCGUCCACACAACAUCCAG